GCUUUCCUUUUGUCAACUUCCGCGCCUCACACACAAGGAAAGAACAGGGGCAGACGAUAAGUAAGAAAGGACGUUUAACACUCCGAAGUAGUACCACCAAUAUGGUAUGACGAGUCAACUGGUAUGACUAGUUGCUGGCACGCCACACAGGCAGCAGCCAAGGACCUGACAUCCCUCCGCAGGUCCGGUCAGAUGAGCUUUGCCCCCACCAGCUUGGUAGACCCGGAUGGGAAAGGCCGUGGAUGGUGUCAAUGACCUUACGCCUCCAGCCAGCAGGUACACAUCUUCCAUGAGAAGCGCUGUGUGGGCAGUCCUGUAGGCUUGAACCUCAGAGUCCGCGGUCUGAUCCUCAGCCAUUGCAUCGUAGUCGAGGCCCAAGUGGACGGACCCAGCAACCCGCCAGGGAGAGGCAGUCUGCGACGAAGUUGUCUUUGCCAGACACGUACUGAAUGUCAGUGGUGAACUCUGAGAUGACAGAGAACUGACACUGAUGUCGACCAGACCAUGUUUCCGAAGACAUUGCCAUGGCAAACGUCAGCAGUUUGUGGUCAACGAAAGCCAUAAAACGCCAUCAGCCUUGGUCACCAUGUGUAGGGGGUGGCACACAAGCUGUUGGAGCUUGGUGCUCCAUGGUGGUGAACUCCUCCCUACCGAUCGCGAGUUUGGCAGAGUCGAGGCGCCGGGCUCAUGUAUAGACUGAAGGACCAACCGUGGUGAUCUAGUACUUCACGGCAUGCUUAUACACCGCAGAUGAAAACGUGGGCGUGGUGAUAUCAGGGAACUCCGCAAACAGGCGUUGAUACAGAUCCCAGGUGGCAAGCAUGUUUGUAACAUCCACCAAUAGCUGCUAAUGAGCGCCGGCUCUGGCUAUCCCCAAGGCUCCAAAACUGCAACACUGGUGACACUGCUUGGCCUUGGCCCCAAACGUGGAAUGGUAAUAACACCACCCGUCCUCAUGCUGGCGGAACUUUUUAAGUCUUCUGCGAGAUUCAUAUAUCCAGCCCAGCAGCUUUUAAAGAUUUCAGGUGAAGUGAAUCAGCCAGACGAGAUGUCGCUGCAGAAACUGGAGAUUAAUGAUGAACUUCAACAAGGCAUCAAGGGACUGAACUCAGAAUUCAACAAAAACCAUGACACUCUCAAGAGGAAAAUAAAGGAGCUGAAAGACGUCUCCAAGGAACUUGAAGACAUGCACAAAAGUACUACAGUGGUCAGUUUGGUCGGAUCAUCAAUUGGAGUGACUGGAGGAGCCAUAGCACUAGUGGGUCUGGGUUUAUCAUUUUUCACAUUUGGUGCUUCUUUAGCUGUUUCUGCUAUUGGUGGUGCUGUUGGAAUAGGUGGAGGAUUUAUAGGUGCAAUAUUUAACAGAAAAAACAUGGUCCAACAGAAAAAACUACGUGAGACUAUUGAGAAUAUCAUUAAAGAUUUCCAGAAAACAAUCAAUCCAAUGAUUCAGCAUCUGAAUACAAUUACUAACAAAAUAGACGAGCUUCAGCAGGAGGGGCAGAAGUAUUCUGUGCUUAAUAAAACAUUAAUGACCAGUGUGAGAUCAGUGAAAACCUGUUCCAGCAUUGGAAAACUUUUAACUGUACUGCAAACUGCUAGACUUGGGAGAACAGCCGCAAAAGCUGUCAGAAGUCUUAAAGUGAUUGGGAAAAUAACCGGCACAAUCUCAACUCUGUUUCUCGCUCUUGAUGUUUACAGUAUUUAUUGUGAUUCUGUAGAGAUCUCUGAAUUAAAUCAACCCGAAAAAGAGAGAAAAGCAGAUGAAAUCAAAUCAGAAACUUUAAAAUUUAUUAAUGAAAUUAAAAAAACAGCUGAUCAGUUUCAGGUGAUUCUAGAUGAGAUUAAAAGUGCCAGAGAUGAUAUUAACAGAGAAUGCGGUGAAAAGUUUUCUUUUAGAACAUUUAUUUGUAAUAAAGUUACUCUGGUUGUCAUAGUCCUGUUUUUUGUUUUCUGGUUCUGUAUGACUGGAUAAUCACUAUAUGCAAACAGUCUUUGUAAAACUGUUUUUGAAAUUGCCUGUUUUGUUGUACGUGUUACUAUAUUGUAGAGUAAAGUCAAAUAAAAGUGUUCCAUCUGAUGUAAAUAGCAAGAGUGUGUGCACUCUAAAUAAAUGUACAUCUGA